GCAGGAUCAGUUGGUUCAGCCACCCCGGUCAGGAGCAGGAUGAGGAUCAUGAGAGCAGCCGAGAUGCUACUCGAAUUGGUGAUACCAUGGCUCACUCUCUGCCUUUUACCACCUGCCGCCAGCACCGUCAUAGUUCAGACCAUGCACCAAAUGCCAGUAAUUACAGAAUUGAGACCAGCUCACAAUGAUAAGAUCUGCAGUACAUGGGGCAACUAUCAUUUCAAGACGUUCGAUGGAGAUUUCUUCCAGCUUCCCUCACCUUGCAACUACAUCCUUGCAUCCCAGUGUAAGGGAACCUACGAAAAUUUUAACAUUCAGUUCCAACGGCAGGAGAUAAAUGGGGUCCCCAUCAUAAAGAGGGUCACCAUGAGACUGGACGGGGCUGAUGUGGAAUUAGACAAGACUUCCAUCAAAGUCAAUAAUGAACAUUUCACUUUACCAUUCAGCCGGUAUGGCAUUACAGCCGAAAGGACUGUCUCUUAUGUCAAAAUCGAGGCAAAGUUGGGCGUGGUCAUCAUGUGGAAUGAAGAAGACGCACUCUGGGUUGAGCUGGAUGCUAAAUUCAAGAACCAGACCUGUGGCCUGUGCGGUGACUACAACGGAGUCCAGCUUUAUGAUGAGUUCUUUAAAGAAGGGAAGACAGUAAGCCUUGAUUAUUUUGAGGAGGCCUGGAAAGUCAAUGGUCCUACCGAAGACUGUGAAAAAAGCUCCCCUCAAGACAAACAGACCUGUGAAAAUCAAACCGACCUCUGUUCGAACUUGCUGUCAGGCCCUGCAUUCCUCAGCUGUAAUAACCUGAUUGAUAAGGACUCUUUCAUCGGAGCGUGUGUGAAGGACAUUUGCAGAUGUAACAGCAGUACCACAUGCUUGUGUUCGACCAUAUCAGAGUACUCCCGCCAGUGCGCUCAUGCAGGCGGGAAACCACACAAAUGGAAGACUACACAAAUGUGUGCAAAAACCUGCCCUUUUAACAUGGAGUAUCAAGAAUGUGGUAGUCCUUGUACUGACACCUGCAGCAACCCCCAGAGAAGCAAAGUGUGUGAGGAUCACUGCGUAGACGGAUGCUUCUGUCCAUCUGGGACUGUCUUUGAUGACAUAACACAAAGUGGGUGUGUUGCUUUUGACAAAUGCUCCUGCACACACUAUGGCAAGUCAUACAAACCAGGAGAAUCAUACUCAAGGGCAUGUCAAAAAUGCACCUGUACCCAGGGUCAGUGGAAAUGUAUGGAUUUGGACUGUCCAGGUAUCUGCUCCAUACUGGGGGGCUCCCACAUCUCCACCUAUGAUGAUAAAAUGUAUACUUUCCAUGGAGACUGCUCUUAUGUCCUCUCCAAGGAAGCUAAUGGGACUUUCAGUGUCCAUGGUGACCUUGCCAAAUGUGAAAUAUCAAAAAAAUCAACUUGCCUGGGAGCAGUCACCCUAAACCUGCCUCAAAACAUGAAGAUUGUAGUGCAGGCUAACGGACAUGUUAUAUAUAAGACAAUGAGAACUCCGUUGCCUCUUUUCAUGGAUGACAUAACAGUCUUCAGCCCAUCGACAUUCUUCAUUGUAAUCCACACCAACUACGGGCUUGAUCUUGAGAUUCAGCUAAAACCCAUUAUGCAGGUCUACAUCAAAGCCAGUGUUCGAAAUAAAGGAAAACUCAUGGGUCUUUGUGGAGAUUUUAAUGAUGUGGAAGCUGAUGACUUCAGAACCACAAAUGGAUUGAUUGAGGGAACAGCGUGGACAUUUGUCAACACAUGGAAGACUAAGCCAAGUUGCCCAGAUGUUACAAACAUAAUUGGGGACCCCUGCUCAUCGAGCAUAGACAAAGAGAAUUAUGCCAAGCACUGGUGUGGGAUGCUGUCAGACCGAAAAGGGAUUUUUGCAAAGUGUCAUUCUGAAAUAAACCCAGAAGACUAUCAGGAAUCUUGUAUUUAUGACACCUGUGCCGGUCAUAGCAGUGAGGAGUGCAUGUGUGCUGCUAUAUCCUCUUAUGUCCAUGCAUGCGCUGCUGAAGGCAUCCUGUUGCAAGGAUGGAGGGACACCAUUUGCCAGCGCUACACAACUGGCUGCCCUGCUACUUUUGUGUAUGAAUACGAAAUGACAAGCUGUCGUCGCACCUGCCGCUCUCUUAGUCAGUCAGACUUAACAUGUGGCAUUGAGUUUACCCCAAUGGAUGGCUGCGGCUGUGCCAAAGGAACUUUCCUGAAUGACCGGGAUCAGUGUGUGCCAGCCUCACAAUGCUCUUGCCAGGUGGGAGACACGCUGGUGCACCAAAAGCAAUCCAUCACAGUCAAUGGAGAAACCUGCGAGUGCCUCAGUGGAACACUGAAUUGUAAAGGAAUACAUACAGAAGAAUCAUGCAAAAAGCCGAUGGUUUACUUCAACUGCUCCAGCUCAAAGCCACGGGAGAAGGGAUCCGAGUGUCAGAAGAGCUGCCAGACUCUGGACACACACACAUGUGCCAGUACACCUUGUAUGUCAGGCUGUGUAUGCCCAGCCGGCCUGGUGUUUGACGGUAAAGGAGGCUGCAUAAAGGAACAGAACUGUCCCUGCACAUAUAAUGGAAAGUCCUUUCAUUCUGGAGAGAAUGUCACUGUAAACUGCAAUACCUGUACUUGCAAAAGCAGAAAAUGGACAUGUACAGAUCAUGAGUGUGGUGGAUUCUGCACCAUAUAUGGAGAUAGCAAUUACAUCACUUUUGAUGAGAAGAAAUUCUCCUUUAAUGGGGAAUGUAGCUACAUCUUCACUCAGGAUUACUGUGGAGAAGACAUGAAUGGCACCUUUAGGGUCCUAACAGAGAGCAUCCCAUGUGGUGGGAGCGGAACCAUUUGCUCCACUGCUAUCAAGCUUUACUUAGGGAACAAAGAAAUCGUUCUUUCAGAGGAAAGUGUCAGAGUUAUCAAACAAAGCAAAGGGGAAGACAUACCAUAUAAGGUCCACACUAUGGGUAUUUAUCUUGUCAUUGAGGCAAAGAAUGGACUUGUUCUUAUGUGGAAUAAGAGGACAACACUCAUAAUCAAACUCAAGUCAAAUUUCAAGGGAAAAGUCUGUGGUCUGUGUGGGAAUUACGAUGGAAAUAUCAAGAACGAUUUUACCACCAGAAACAAAGGAGUUGUGGUUGACGCCCUUGAGUUCGGAAACAGCUGGAAAGUGUCACCUAACUGCCCUAAUGCAAACACAGCCAAAGAUCCCUGCAGUAUGUACUCAUACAGGAAGGCAUGGGCAUCAAAACACUGCGACAUUAUCAAUACUAAAGUAUUUGCUAGUUGCCAUUCGAAGGUGGAUCCAAAAAACCAUUAUGAAGCCUGUGUGAAAGACACGUGUUCCUGCAACACAGGAGGAGAUUGUGAGUGUUUCUGCUCUGCUGUCGCAGCCUACGCAGCAGCCUGUAACGAGGCCGGAGCGUGUGUGAGAUGGAGAACUCCCACAAUCUGCCCUAUAUUCUGUGAUUUUUACAACCCUGAUGGAGAGUGUGAAUGGCACUAUAAGCCUUGUGGAAAACCAUGUAUGAAGACAUGCAGAAAUCCCUCGGGAGAAUGCUUCAACCACAUUCCAGCAUUAGAAGGCUGCUAUCCAAAUUGCCCGCCUGAACGACCUUAUUUCGAAGAGGAUGACAUGAAGUGUGUGUCAAAUAAGGAAUGUGGCUGUUAUGAUGACGAAGGGAAUCACCAUGAAGAAGGGAAGCUUUGGCCUUCAAAAGAUAACUGUCACUACUGUAAAUGUUCUUCAACAAAAGUGAAGUGCUACUAUGAUAAUCUAGCUUGCAAUUGUUACUAUAAAGGGCAUAUUUACAAGUAUGGAGAGACUGUCUAUGAGACACAUGAUGGAAAUGGAACCUGUUUCACGGCUGUUUGUGGAGAAAAAGGAAAUAUUAUCAGAACCACAGAGACUUGCGUGAGCUCUACAACUGCACCAUCCACAACUGCACCAUCCACAACUGCACCAUCCACAACUGCACCAUCCACAACAUUUAGUUUUGAAGCCAAAACAACCACACAACAUCCUACCACAGCAACAUCACAAACGUCUCCUCAUCCAAGUGUUACAACUGAGGCUGUGACAGCGAUUCAGACAUUCUCUAUACCAACGGCUUCAACAAGGUCUAAAACAACAGUUCUAUCAUCAUCAAGAGCCAUCUCCAAAGCUACCACGGUCACAGUAAAAUCCAGCCCAACAUCAACAUUCACUGAAAAUCCUACCACAACCAUUAUAGUCACUGAAAAUCCCAGCACUACUAGCUGUGACUAUGAUUGUAAGUGGUCAGAGUGGAACAACAAUAAAUACCCUGACCCUUCCCAAGAUAGUGGAGAUUAUGAACCAAUUGAAAAAAUUAAGGAUCUAGAUUUGAGUGUUUGCAGAAAACCUUUAGAAAUAGAAUGUAGAGCAAAAGAUUUUCCAAAUUCAACGUUGGACGAAGUACGUCAAAAAGUAACAUGCACCCCAACAGAUGGACUGAUCUGUCAUAACAAAGACCAAGGUCCACCUCCUAUAUGUUUGGACUAUGAAAUACGAGUGAAGUGUUGUGUUUACAAGUGUAAAACCACAAACCCCACAGAAAAUCCCAGCACUACUGCUGUUACAUUCUCUGAGAAACCUACCACUACCACCACCAUCACAAAACCACCAACCACGAUAACAGAAAAACAGACCACGACAUCCAUAAUCACAGAAAACCCCACCACAACCAGUAAAGUUACCGAAAAAACCCACCACAAUACACACAGAACAGCCCAGCGAAAAUCCACCACACCAGCCACAGAAAGUCCCAGCACUAUUGGUGUUACAUUCUCGGAGAAACCUACCACUACCACCACCAUCACAAAACCACCAACUACGAUAACAGAAAAACAGACCCCGACAUCCACAAUCACAGAAAACCCCACGACAACCAAAAAUCCCAGCACUACUGCUGUUACAUUCUCUGAGAAACCUACCACUACCACCACCAUCACAAAACCACCAACCACGAUAACAGAAAAACAGACCACGACAUCCAUAAUCACAGAAAACCCCACCACAACCAGUAAAGUUACCGAAAAACCCACCACAAUACACACAGAACAGCCCAGCACUAAGGCUACCACAACCACAGAAAAGCCCACUGCGACCACUACAGUCACUGAAAAUCCUACCACAACACCAACUGAAAAUCCCAGCACUAAAGCUAUCACCGUUACAGGAAAAUCCACCACACCAGCCACAGAAAGUCCCAGCACUAUUGGUGUUACAUUCUCGGAGAAACCUACCACUACCACCACCAUCACAAAACCACCAACUACGAUAACAGAAAAACAGACCCCGACAUCCACAAUCACAGAAAACCCCACGACAACCAAAAACCCCACCACAACCAGUAAAGUUACCGAAAAACCCACCACAAUACACACAGAACAGCCCAGCACUAAGGCUACCACAACCACAGAAAAACCCACCGCUACCACUACAGUCACUGAAAAUCCUACCACGAUACCCACAGAAAAACCCACCGCAACCACCAAAAUCACAGAAAAACCAACCACAACCACUCAAGUUACUGAAAAACCAACCACAACCACUACAGUCACUGAAAAUCCUACCACAACACCAACAGAAAAGCCCAGCACUAAAGCUAUCACCGUCACAGGAAAAUCCACCACAACGACUAGAGUCACUGAAAAACCCACCACAACAACCCUGGAAGUUAGAACAAAUACAAUUACUAAAACAAUGCCAUUAACAGGACGUGGGAUUAUGCACACAACUACGACACCCACAGAAAAUCCCAGCACUCCUUCUGUUACAUUCUCGGAGAAACCUACCACUACCACCACCAUCACAAAACCACCAACCACGAUAACAGAAAAACAGACCACGACAUCCAUAAUCACAGAAAACCCCACCACAACCAGUAAAGUUACCGAAAAACCCACCACAAUACACACAGAACAGCCCAGCACUAAGGCUACCACAACCACAGAAAAGCCCACUGCUACCACUACAGUCACUGAAAAUCCUACCACAACACCAACUGAAAAUCCCAGCACUAAAGCUAUCACCGUUACAGGAAAAUCCACCACACCAGCCACAGAAAGUCCCAGCACUAUUGGUGUUACAUUCUCGGAGAAACCUACCACUACCACCACCAUCACAAAACCACCAACUACGAUAACAGAAAAACAGACCCCGACAUCCACAAUCACAGAAAACCCCACGACAACCAAAAACCCCACCACAACCAGUAAAGUUACCGAAAAACCCACCACAAUACACACAGAACAGCCCAGCACUAAGGCUACCACAACCACAGAAAAGCCCACUGCUACCACUACAGUCACUGAAAAUCCUACCACAACACCAACCGAAAAGCCCAGCACUAAAGCUAUCACCGUUACAGGAAAAUCCACCACACCAGCCACAGAAAGUCCCAGCACUAUUGGUGUUACAUUCUCGGAGAAACCUACCACUACCACCACCAUCACAAAACCACCAACUACGAUAACAGAAAAACAGACCCCGACAUCCACAAUCACAGAAAACCCCACGACAACCAAAAACCCCACCACAACCAGUAAAGUUACCGAAAAACCCACCACAAUACACACAGAACAGCCCAGCACUAAGGCUACCACAACCACAGAAAAGCCCACUGCUAUCACUACAGUCACUGAAAAUCCUACCACAACACCAACCGAAAAGCCCAGCACUAAAGCUAUCACCGUUACAGGAAAAUCCACCACACCAGCCACAGAAAGUCCCAGCACUAUUGGUGUUACAUUCUCGGAAAAACCUACCACUACCACCACCAUCACAAAACCACCAACUACGAUAACAGAAAAACAGACCACGACAUCCAUAAUCACAGAAAACCCCACGACAACCAGUAAAGUUACAGAAAAACCCACCACAAUACACACAGAACAGCCCAGCACUAAAGCUACCACAACCACAGAAAAACCCACUGCUACCACUACAGUCACUGAAAAUCCUACCACAACACCAACCGAAAAGCCCAGCACUAAAGCUAUCACCGUUACAGGAAAAUCCACCACACCAGCCACAGAAAGUCCCAGCACUAUUGAAUCACAGAAAACCCCACGACAACCAGUAAAGUUACAGAAAAAACCCACCACAAUACACACAGAACAGCCCAGCACUAAAGCUACCACAACCACAGAAAAACCCACUGCUACCACUACAGUCACUGAAAAUCCUACCACAACACCAACCGAAAAGCCCAGCACUAAAGCUAUCACCGUUACAGGAAAAUCCACCACACCAGCCACAGAAAGUCCCAGCACUAUUGGUGUUACAUUCUCGGAGAAACCUACCACUACCACCACCAUCACAAAACCACCAACUACGAUAACAGAAAAACAGACCACGACAUCCAUAAUCACAGAAAACCCCACGACAACCAGUAAAGUUACAGAAAAACCCACCACAAUACACACAGAACAGCCCAGCACUAAAGCUACCACAACCACAGAAAAACCCACUGCUACCACUACAGUCACUGAAAAUCCUACCACAACACCAACCGAAAAGCCCAGCACUAAAGCUAUCACCGUUACAGGAAAAUCCACCACACCAGCCACAGAAAGUCCCAGCACUAUUGGUGUUACAUUCUCGGAGAAACCUACCACUACCACCACCAUCACAAAACCACCAACUACGAUAACAGAAAAACAGACCACGACAUCCAUAAUCACAGAAAACCCCACGACAACCAGUAAAGUUACAGAAAAACCCACCACAAUACACACAGAACAGCCCAGCACUAAAGCUACCACAACCACAGAAAAACCCACUGCUACCACUACAGUCACUGAAAAUCCUACCACAACACCAACCGAAAAGCCCAGCACUAAAGCUAUCACCGUUACAGGAAAAUCCACCACACCAGCCACAGAAAGUCCCAGCACUAUUGGUGUUACAUUCUCGGAGAAACCUACCACUACCACCACCAUCACAAAACCACCAACUACGAUAACAGAAAAACAGACCCCGACAUCCACAAUCACAGAAAACCCCACGACAACCAGUAAAGUUACAGAAAAAUCUACCACAAUACACACAGAACAGCCCAGCACUAUUGGUGCCACAACAUUAAACGAAACUGCCACAACAACGGAUAAUUGCUAUUAUUGUAAGUGGUCAGAUUGGAACAACAAUAACUACCCUGACCCUUCCCUAGUUACUGGAGAUUAUGAACCAAUUGAAAAAAUUAAGGAUCUAGAUUUGAGUGUUUGCAGAAAACCUUUAGAAAUAGAAUGUAGAGCAAAAGAUUUUCCAGAUAUUCCGUUGGACGAAGUACAUCAAAAAGUAACAUGCAACCCAACAGAUGGACUGAUCUGUCAUAACAAAGACCAAGGUCCACCUCCUACAUGUUUGGACUAUGAAAUACGAGUGAAGUGUUGUGUUUACAAGUGUAAAACCACAAACCCCACAGAAAAUCCCAGCACUACUGCUGUUACAUUCUCUGAGAAACCUACCACUACCACCACCAUCACAAAACCACCAACCACGAUAACAGAAAAACAGACCACGACAUCCAUAAUCACAGAAAACCCCACCACAACCAGUAAAGUUACCGAAAAACCCACCACAAUACACACAGAACAGCCCAGCACUAAGGCUACCACAACCACAGAAAAGCCCACUGCUAUCACUACAGUCACUGAAAAUCCUACCACAACACCAACCGAAAAGCCCAGCACUAAAGCUAUCACCGUUACAGGAAAAUCCACCACACCAGCCACAGAAAGUCCCAGCACUAUUGGUGUUACAUUCUCGGAAAAACCUACCACUACCACCACCAUCACAAAACCACCAACUACGAUAACAGAAAAACAGACCACGACAUCCAUAAUCACAGAAAACCCCACGACAACCAGUAAAGUUACAGAAAAACCCACCACAAUACACACAGAACAGCCCAGCACUAAAGCUACCACAACCACAGAAAAACCCACUGCUACCACUACAGUCACUGAAAAUCCUACCACAACACCAACCGAAAAGCCCAGCACUAAAGCUAUCACCGUUACAGGAAAAUCCACCACACCAGCCACAGAAAGUCCCAGCACUAUUGGUGUUACAUUCUCGGAGAAACCUACCACUACCACCACCAUCACAAAACCACCAACUACGAUAACAGAAAAACAGACCACGACAUCCAUAAUCACAGAAAACCCCACCACAACCAGUAAAGUUACCGAAAAACCCACCACAAUACACACAGAACAGCCCAGCACUAAGGCUACCACAACCACAGAAAAACCCACCGCUACCACUACAGUCACUGAAAAUCCUACCACGAUACCCACAGAAAAACCCACCGCAACCACCAAAAUCACAGAAAAACCAACCACAACCACUCAAGUUACUGAAAAACCAACCACAACCACUACAGUCACUGAAAAUCCUACCACAACACCAACCGAAAAGCCCAGCACUAAAGCUAUCACCGUUACAGGAAAAUCCACCACACCAGCCACAGAAAGUCCCAGCACUAUUGGUGUUACAUUCUCGGAGAAACCUACCACUACCACCACCAUCACAAAACCACCAACUACGAUAACAGAAAAACAGACCACGACAUCCAUAAUCACAGAAAACCCCACCACAACCAGUAAAGUUACCGAAAAACCCACCACAAUACACACAGAACAGCCCAGCACUAAGGCUACCACAACCACAGAAAAACCCACCGCUACCACUACAGUCACUGAAAAUCCUACCACGAUACCCACAAAAAAAACCACCGCAACCACCAAAAUCACAGAAAAACCAACCACAACCACUCAAGUUACCGAAAAACCAACCACAACCACUACAGUCACUGAAAAUCCUACCACAACACCAACAGAAAGUCCCAGCACUAAAGCUAUCACCGUCACAGGAAAAUCCACCACAACGACUAGAGUCACUGAAAAACCCACCACAACCACUAAAGUUACAGAAAAACCCACCACAAUACCCACAGAUAAGCCAAACACUACUGGAGUCACAUUCUCAGAGAAACCGACCCCCACACCCACCGUCCAAAAGACACCCACUACAAUAACAGAAAAACCAACAACAACAACCACAGUCACAGAAAAAACAACCAAAACUACCGAGAAGGAAUUAACUACUACUGAAACAACCACUAAAGAACCCACCACCCCUGCAAAAACCACAGAAAAGCCUACUUCAACAAUAACUAAAACCCCAACACCUUCAACCCUUCAGUCUUCAACACCAGGCAGAACAACAAUGUGUUUUUGCAAGUACAUGGAUCAUUUAUUUUCUCCUGGUAGCUUCAUGUACAAUAAGACUGAUGAAGAAGGCUGGUGUUUCACUGCAUAUUGUGAUUUGAAAUGCAAUGUUGAGAAGCUUGCUAGACCAUGUCACUCCACUACUCCACCAACUCCUACCACCACCGUAACAAGCCCUGGGACUACAAAAGAAGUUGACAGAGACUGUUUGGAUCUUGAUCCACCUAGAAAGGAUGGUGACGUUUGGAGUGGCAAAUGCACCACAUCCACAUGUGACGACGGACAACUUAUAACAAAACAAGUGCGAUGUGAACAUGUGACCAAGCCUAAAUGUGAAAAUGGUCAACCACCAGUGAAGGUUGAUGAUGAAAGCGGCUGCUGUUUCCACUAUGAGUGCAGAUGUAUUUGCUCUGGCUGGGGAGAUCCUCAUUAUUAUACAUUUGAUGGCCAAUAUUACAGCUUCCAGAAAAACUGCACAUAUGUCCUUGUCAAAGAGAUCAUUCCUCAACACAAUUUAACAAUUCUUAUCAGCAAUGUAAAUUGUAAUCCCUCUGGAUCUGUGACCUGUCCUAAAUCAUUGAUUGUGUAUUACAAAGACUAUGAAGUUAUUCUCACACAGGAGAGAGGCCAAAAGACUGUGAACAUGGUGUACAUCAAUGGCAAGCGGGUAUUGCCAACCUACUCUAAUGAAGACUUUAUCAUAACAAGUACAUCAAUUGAGCUGCUUAUGAAAAUCCCGGAAAUUGAAGCAGUUGUGAUGUAUAAAGGACUUAUAUUCCGUGUUGACCUGCCAUUUUCCAUUUUCCACAACAACACCGAGGGACAGUGUGGUACCUGUGACAAUAACAAGAAAAACGACUGCAGAUUACCAAAUGGCAAAAUUAAUCCUGAAUGCUCUCAGAUGGGAGAGUGGAAAGUACCAGAUAAGAAAAAGCCCUAUUGUGAGAAUCUACCCCCAGGACCAAACCCACCAACAUGCAACAAAACUGAUAAUUCUAUUUGUGAAAUUCUGAAUAGCAAGGUGUUUGAGAAAUGCCACAAAAUAAUCUCACCAGAACCAUUUCAUGAGGGUUGUAAUUAUGAUGCUUGCAUAACAAACAGCACAGUAGUUGCUUGUUCCAGUUUGGAGUCGUAUGCUGCGAUGUGUGCUCAAGAAUGUGUAUACCCAUCAUGGAGGGAAGCUACAAAUGGACAGUGUGAAUUUAAGUGUCCAGGGAAUAAGGUCUACCAGCCUUAUGGGCCAACCUUUGAACCUACUUGCAAUGCAAGAUACAAUAAGAUGUAUACACAAAGGAAUAUAUGCGAAGGACAAAAUGACAAACAGAACCAUGGUUGUAAUGACAUGAUGGAGGGAUGUUUCUGCCCAGAGGGGAUGACUCUGUUCAGUUCAACCUCUGACAUCUGUGUCUCCGCCUGUUGCACUGGACCAGAUGGCCAACCUAAACAGAUUGGUGACAAUUGGCUGAGUGGCUGUCUGCAGUGUUCUUGUGAUAAUGACACUAUGAGUGUUCAGUGUAAGCCGCGCACAUGUACCAUUCAAAAUACAACAGCCUGCGAGGAAGGCGAGGAGUUGGUGAACCGCAUGGUCGACUGCUGUGCCGAGCAGACCUGUGUUACUACUCAAUCCAACUGUGCAAUGAUCAGGAACACCACAUAUCUGCAGAAGAAGGACUGCAAGUCGGUGGUACCAGUGGAAAUCACCGCCUGUGCCGGAUCCUGUGGAGAGUCCUCGUCAAUGUAUUCUGCAGAAAGCAACCGCUUGAUGCAUUCAUGCACGUGCUGUCAAGAAAUGUCCACCAGCAAGAAGAAGGUGGAGAUGACCUGCGCUAAUGGCCAAAAAGAAAUGCACACCUACAUUUCAGUUGAAAAGUGUGGUUGCAAUAUCACUGAAUGUAAAGAUAUGAAAGGCUAAUGUAAACAUGUUGCUAGACAACAUCGACAACUAAGCUCAGCAAGUUGAAGGGAAAAUCUAACUUAUAUACUUUUAUGAACUUUAAACAAAUCCUCUCCAAAAACGACCAGAGUCAAGACUCAAUGCGUAAAGACACACCUCUUUGUACUUUGCAGUCCCAAGUAAGAGCAAAUAAUAGUAGAAAGACAUGUUCUAUUUUCACUCUGACAAUGCUCGUCAUCACUUCGUUAUUAUUAUCAGGCAGGCAGGGUCCCCAAAGUGCCUCGUGAUGACGGCACAUAUUUGUGUCCUGGUGUCUCUUGUAGCUUUUGAAGAGGUUGUUGCAUUAUACAAAUUGUUCCAUUUGGUGUUUCCUUCAGAGGGUGUUUCUCUUUCUUUUACUUUAAAUGACCUCAGAGUUAACAGUAGUUGAGUAAUUAUUUCUAACAGCAACGGCAAAGAUCUUAUAACCCUUAAAUGAUCUUAUCACCCAUUAAACUACUGUAUAAUGAAAAGAGUGUGAAGAAUGUCAAAAUUCUUUAUCCAAUAUCUGAUGUGUCAAACUUCUGCAAACUGAAUGCUGUCAGUGUCAUUAAAACUCAUCAUCAUAAGG